UCUGAACGUCGCUAUUUUGUCACUCAAUGUUAUGGGCACGCACAUUGUUAAUGUUGAUUUUUCUUCAUUUAAUCAGUGUUAACAUCGAACUUUAAGCCGGAUACAUCGCAUUGUAAUACUUGUUAUCAAACAAUGGCUAAUAAUUUUUUUGAAGGAGUUGAAAAAUUAUUGGAAAUAUGGUUUGAGGAAAGUUCCAAUCCAACUCAUGAUCUGCGCAGUAUAUCGAGAACGCAGUGGGAAAAUUUACUCAAAUUCGUAAAAUGCGAAAUAAUUAGUUUUUCGAGAAACCAACAUAUUGAUGCUUUUGUGCUUAGCGAAAGCAGCAUGUUCGUUUCGAAGCGAAGGUGGAUUUUAAAAACUUGUGGCACAACAACGCCAUUAAACUGUUUGAAUCCGUUUCUAAAAAUUGCUAGUCUUCAUGGGUACAAUGUUAUAACUGACUUAUUUUACUCAAGAAAAAACUUCAUUAAACCAGAGUCUCAGGUUUCGCCACAUAAAGGAUUCUGCGACGAGGUUUGCUAUUUAGACACACUUUUCCCUAAUGGACGAUCUUACUGCUUGGGUUCAAUUAACUUGGAAUGCUGGUAUCUAUAUACCUUUAGUAAAUCAGACAUAAAAAAUCUAUUUCCAAUUACAUCGAACAAAAACCAUGAUCAUUUAAGUCCGGACCAAACGAUUGAAAUACUAAUGCAAAAUCUUGAUCCGAAAGUGAUGUCACUAUUUUGCAAACAUACGUUUUCCAAAGCGGGUGAUGCAACUUUGAAUUCUGGAAUUGCUAAAAUUUUACCGGAUAUGCUUAUUGAUGAUUUCUUAUUUGACCCAUGCGGUUAUUCCAUGAACGGAAUAAAUGACAAGGGAGAAUACAUGACGAUACAUAUAACACCAGAAGAAAACUUUUCCUAUGUCAGCUUUGAAAGCAAUGUGGCACUAAAUAAUUAUCGGAUGUUAAUAAAUCAAGUUGUCCAAACAUUUAAGCCGGGGAAGUUCAUAGUAACCAUAUUUGCAAAUAAGUCUUCGUUGGCGUACGAAACCAUGAAGGGAUUGGAAAUCGAAUACUCGACGCAGUCACAUUGGAAACAAACCGAUAUGCAGUGCUGUAAUUUUCCGUCUUAUAACCUUUUAUUCGCACAAUAUUUGUAUCGUAAUAAAAACACAAUGUAAUAUGAUUAA